GGCCGAUCACAGAGGGGUGUGCACCCGGGUCCCGGUGCACCUGCCAGAGCCGGGAGCUUGCAGAAGGGCGAGCUGGCCUGGUCUUGAGUGGUCGGAGGUCUCCUGGAGCCCUCAGCAUCCCUUCUUUCUCACUCAUACACCCCAGCUUCACGCGUUAGGCGUCCCCCCAGCAGACGAGAAGUCAGAGGGGGCAGUUGUGACUUCAUGUGAAAAAUAGCCACCAAAGAUCUAUCCAGCAUCAUUUUUAGUUCUUUAAUUUUGAGGCAGAAGAUAUACCCUCCAAUCCUAGAAGGGGAUUCUGCCACUUUCUUCUCCACCCUGAAGAGACUUGGAAAUUAAUGGGUAACAGUUUGCAUGAAAAUUACUGAAUGCGUUUGCUUCUUAUCUCAGAAGCCUUCUGCAGAGAAUUAAUAGGAGGUUGAAUGCGCGUGUGGAUAAAAUGGAUCAUCUUAAAGGAUUGAAGUUCCAAAAAUAUAUCAGCAGGACUGGACAGGUUUGACAUAAUGAGAUUUCUAUUUUAGCUUGACUUCUGGAGCACUGAAUAAACUAUAAACUGAGCCGCACAGGUCCUGGGAAGGAAGUUUCUCUUUUAAAAUGCUCUAGCUGUGUGUAACGUUUUUCUUAUUCAGGACCUUUGAAAAUACAUUUACUUACUGAUUUUUAGAAAUUUAAAGAAACAGCCACCAGCAAGACGAACGAUCUCUGCAUAAGCACUGGCGGAGAUGGCAGAAGCUUCGGAGGAUGCCUCAGCCCUGCCCGUGACAGUGAAGAAAAAGAAAAGUUUAUCCAUUGAAGAAAAGAUCGACAUCAUCAAUGCAGUAGAAAGUGGCAAGAAAAAGGCAGAAAUUGCAGCUGAAUAUGGAAUAAAGAAAAAUUCAUUGUCUUCUAUUAUGAAGAAUAAAGACAAAGUUCUAGAAGCCUUUGAAUCUCUGAGAUUUGAUCCAAAGAGAAAAAGACUGAGAACUGCUUUUUACACAGAUCUGGAAGAAGCAUUAAUGAGGUGGUAUCGAAUUGCUCAGUGUCUGAAUGUACCAGUUAAUGGUCCAAUGUUGCGUCUAAAAGCUAAUGAUUUUGCCCAGAAACUGGGACAUAAUGAUUUUAAGUGCAGUAAUGGAUGGCUGGAUCGCUUUAAAUCUAGGUAUGGUUUAGUAUUCAGAGCGCAACCCGUAGAAGCUACGGGUGUACCAGUAGACCCUUCAACUGUCUGGCAUCAAAAUGUACUUCCUUAUUAUUUAAAUGAUUAUCAUCCUAAAAACAUUUUCAAUAUAAAAGAGACUGGGCUGCUUUAUCGAAUGUUGCCUACAAAUACAUUUGCAUUUAAAGGAGAGACAUGCACCAUCGGAAAGUUAUGCAAAGACAGAAUAACGCUGGUGGUUGGGACAAACAUGGAUGGCUCAGAGAAACUUCCUUUGCUUAUCAUUGGAAAAAACAGAAAUCCACAUUGUUUCAAAGGUAUAAAAUCAUUGCCUGUGUGUUAUGAAGCUAACAAAAUGGCAUGGAUGACCUCAGACGUAUUUGAACGAUGGAUGCGGAAGCUUGAUGAGAAAUUUCAAGCCCAGCAACGAAGAGUGGUGAUUUUUGUUGAUUCUUUUCCUUCACAUCCAGAGGUAAAGAACCUAAAGUCCAUUGAGUUAGCAUUCUUUCCAUCAUGUUUAUCUUCCAAAUUUAUAGCGAUGAAACAAGGUGUUAUUAAAAGCCUUAAAAUAAAAUAUCGACAUUGUCUUAUCAAGAAAUUUUUAAGCUCUGUUGAAGGCAGCAAAGAAUUUACAUUUUCCCUACUAGAUGCAGUUGAUACUUUGCACCUUUGUUGGAGGGCUGUAACCCCAGAGACUAUUGUUAAGAGCUAUGAAGAGGCAGGAUUCAAAUCUCAAGAGGGAGAAAGUGACAAGGCCAAUGCAGAGACAGACGCUGGUCUUGAUUUGGUUGCCCAUGCUCAGGCAGCAGGUGUGGAAUUUCCUGAAGGUUUAUCUAUAGAAGAGUAUGCUGCCCUUGAUGAUGAUUUGGAGACAUGUGAAGCUGCACCAGAAACUGAUUCGGUAUGGACCGAAGAAAGUCACUCAGAGGAAACUGGAUUUUAUACUUCUGAUGAAGAGGAUGAUGGUGGUUCUCUAGGAACUGAACUCCCUUUGCCAUCCAAAAAUGAGGCAUUAACUGCUUUAGAUACUCUUAAAAAUUUUCUUAGAAGUCAAGAUAUAAAUGAUGAGCUUCAUAAUUCUUUAGCAGACCUUGAAAUUUUUAUUAACUCAUCAUCUAAAUAAUUAUUUGUGGUACAAUAUCUGAAGAGUAAUAGUUUUUCCUGAUGUAUUUUACUCUACGAGGUAUAUAAAGGGAAAAUACCACUUAAACAUUAAAAAAAAAGAAGAAGAAAAGUUUGGUUUAAUUGCAUAUGUCUUUGACCUGGUUAGCAAAGUUCCUUAGGUAGAUUAAAUAAUGAGUAAGUCAAUGAAAAAUAUGAAUUUCAAUUUAGCAAGGUUUGGGGGAGUAUAAAAUGUAUUUCAGAGGCCUUGUACUUGAAAUACCUGAUAUAAAUGUCAAAAAUAAAGACCUCUUCAACUAUUUGAUUCAUACAGGUUGAAUUGGUGAUUGCAAUUUUCUUUAAGUGCAGAUCAUGUUCUGGAAUAUUUUAAUUUAUCUACCUCAUCUUAGAAAUAAAAAAUCUAUUACUUAGAUAUUUAUUUUUAUAAUGACAUAUAUUCUAGCCUUGUAUCAAGUAUUAAUUUUAAAUUAUUUUUCUUGUAACUAGCUUAUCUUGCUAAGAAGAAAUUAUGAAGAAGUACUGAAAAUAAAAUCUGGCCCAAUUAUACACCAAAGUGAUUAAAAAUAUAUGUCUCACUACUUUCUAGUUACUUCUGUAGAAGGUCAAAUGAAAGAUGAUGACCUUAUCAGAUGCUUUUUGUCAUCUAUAACCAAAUGAUUUGGAUUCUUCCUAAAUAUUUGUAUGUAUAUGUGUGUGUUUAG